AUGGGCAAGCGGGGCAACGGGUCUCGCGGUGGCGGCCCACCGAAUCGCGGCCGUGGUGGCGGAGGUCGUGGGCGUGGGCGUGGGCGUGGUCGCGGAAGGGGUGGUGGGCGAGGUGGUUUUCAGCCAUUUGGCGGACAAGGUCAUAUCCUUGGCAGUGAUUUCGGCGAAGCUGGCUCUCCAUCGGGUUACGGCUCUCCACGCGGUGGCUCUGCUGAUGGCAGACCGUUCCGAGGUCGCGGACGAGGAGGUCACCUCUCCGUGUCAGGCCAGAACCGCGUGGGCUUUGACUAUUCCGCCAUAUCUCGCGGCAAUCGCCGUGGCUACGACGACGGCGAUGAGGAUGAUGACGAUCACAACGACCAAGACCAGGCCGACAUCUCCGUAGAACCUCCUAAAGGCUACACGCACAAGGUCAAGCCUCACCUCGAGUCAGAUCUUUCCCCGCAAGAUGAAAUUUCGAAAGCGCAAUUGUCACACCAGCCGAUCAACGCCUUGGACUCUGUCACGCCACACCGCACUUUCAACACCCCUGGCACCCCAGCCAGCCUCUUCAAGCCCCGCUUCGCACCGCGGUCCAAUGCGCCGCCCGCCAAAUUUCCCGAGUUCCACACUAGCAGAGGCACUGGCGGAGGUUCCAGAAUUCGACCCCUGGAAGAGACCGAAGACUCGAGAUAUCUCGCCGGCAUUCCUGGUCUGCGUAGGCCCGAACGAAAGCAGUGCAAUGUUCCACGCUUCGGCGACCCAGCGGAUCAAGCUCAAAAUCCUUUCCGGGUGCCGGUAGCCUUUGUAAAGCCCACCGGCGAGUACGGCGAUCCACUCAAGGGGAACCUUCCACCCAGAGACCCAGACGAUGCCACAGUCGAUCCAUCUGCUGCCGUUGCACAAUUGACAGACGCAAGCCAGCAGCAGCAGCCGCCCGGCGAUCCUUCGGGCGGCGAUCCUUCGGCUCCACGUCACGCAGGUCUCGGUUUCUCGAACCGGUCCAACGCAAAGCCUCCUGUUCCCGGUUCGGCGAGCAAAGCAGACGCCUCGACGGGAGAAGCAACGGAAUCGACAGCUGCGCCAUAUGUUCCCCCUCGCGCAGUACCUGCUAUCCUAGACAUGGACACGCAGACCUUCGACUUUGACAGUUACACCGCCGGCAACGACGGUGAUCAGGUGAAUGCUUUGCUUGCAGCUUUCCCCGGCUCCAAGGAGCUCGGCCCGGGCGAGUCAAUGUUCAAAGAUGACAACGCGUCCGUGACAUGGUCGCUCCCUACAUUCCAGCCCGAAGCAACUAGCAUUGCGGACAACUUCCUGUCAGCCUCGAAGCGCAGCAUUGACCCUGUCAAAGUCGAUGGCUUAUCUUCGCUAGCGCCCGACACUGUUCAGCGCGCGAUUCCGCUUAAUGCGAUCCCUCGCUUCUCGAGGGCCUCCGACGAGGACGAUGAAGAGAUCAUUCUUGUUCCUUCACAGUCGCAGGCCGUUCCUGUCGAGGACAAGGCUCCCACCUCAGCUGUGGAAGCCGAGUCUGACGUAGAGAUCACCAAACAGGAAGAGACGCAGCUCGGGUUCGUUAUCGACCUCGAAGGUGAAGAACUAGCAACUACCCUGGUGCAUGCCCAAGUCAACGCACACACGCCGUCCUCGCACCGAAUUGCACUUGGCGACGCUGUACCAGCCAGUUCCAAAGCCAACCGAAGGAACCGAGCAGCUAAGCAUCGCAAGCCGCGCCGCAUUCCGCGAGAGGGCGAUUCAGACCUCGACUGGGGCAGCGACGGCCCGCCCAGGAACCAUGACGGCGACGACGAUGAUUUCGCUGAAGAAGACGACCUCGCAGCUGCCACCGCUGGCAUCUCCAUCACGCGCAGCAGCAACGAACGCGAGGUGAUCACCGACCCUAUCCUGGCCAAGGCCAUUCGGGCCGAUCGCCAUGAGUGGGAGUCUGAUGAUGAGGAUAACGACAUUACGAUGGAGAUGGGCGUGCCUUCCAAGCGCCGUGGCGGUCAACGUGCUAAGCGCUCACAUGCAGGCCGUGCUGCUGCCUCGCGCAACGCUGCCCAGCUCGCUCGCAGCCGCAAGGCAGAUCAGGACGCCAUCGUCGCGGAUUACAUGUCGAACAUUCUCAGCCAGGCAAACGAGACGUCAGAUAAUGACGAAGAAGCAGAGAAGCGCGAGCUUUUUGCUUCGGACGGCAUGGUCAUCGAAGCGGUCAACGGAGACCUGCCAGCGGGCGCAGCAGAUGGUAAGGGUAAAGCCAAGGCGCGCCGGCUGCCGGAUCAGCUCGACGACAAGUCCGAUCUGGACACCAUGAUUCGCUUUAUGAACGGCAUGGAUCCGCAAAAGGGCGGUCGUCAGCUCGGCUUUGGCGACAUUGAGGAUGAGAUUCACAUGGACGAAGUCAAAGAAUGGCUCACGGAGAGCGAGGCGGACAGCGACGACGCUGAGGAUGGCGCCAAGAACCGUGUCGUCGACACUGCCACCGACGCGCUCGAGGAACCGCAGCCGCAAAAUGCUUCCAACAACGACGACGGUGAGGAUGAAGAUCUCGCCGAGCAGCUCCGCAUUAUUCUCGAGAAUGACGACAGUGAAGAGAGCAGCGAGAUUUUCAGCGAAGAUUCAUCCGAAGAUGACGACGACAGCGACGACGACAGUGAUGACGACAGCGAAGAAGAGGACAGUGACGAUGAUGACGACGACGAAGGCAUGUUCCGCGGCAAGAAUUCGUGGGCCGAUGAGGACGAAGAGUUUAUUCGCGCCCUCUCGUCGCAGGUGGGGGGUGCUGGCAUCGGAAGCGGCUCCAAAUCGGCGACGUCUUCGAAGCGGCAGCAAAGGAAGGUCUUCGACGCCAUCUCGCGCGGCGACUUUUUCGACCUCAUGGACGAGAACGAAAUCGAUUCGGAUGAUCCUGCCUACGGCAUGGGCUCCAUCCCCACGGCGCGCAACGGCAAGCGCAAGGGCCGCAAGUUCACCGCCGACGACCUAUGGGCCGACGAGCUGCAGCAGCAGUGGGACAAGGACCGCGCCAGCAAGGCGAGCAAAAAGCAGCAGCGUCUUAUGGAGCGCCAGGCGGCUGCGCUCAACCCGUUCCCCAACACGCACGGCAAGGCAGGCAGCGGCAAGUCCAAGUCGACCAAGAAGCAGGCCAAGCUGGCGCGCAAGGCCGAGAAGCGCGACAUGCGGGCGAGCCUCAAGGCGCACUCGAACAACGUCGUGUCGGCGGUCAAGGCUGCUGGCUCCAUCGAUGCAGUCGAUGCGUCUUUGCUCACGUUUGGCGGACAGAGCAUCUCGAGCGACAUCACAUCGCUGGGACUGGACGAGCGGUUCGCGGUCAACAUGGACGAGCUCAACCAGCAGAUCCAGCUUUUCUUGGCUGAAAAGGGCCGUAACACGAUGCGGUGCCAGCCGAUGGACAAGUUUGCGCGUGCCGAGGUGCACCUGCUCGCUGCAGCCUACAACCUGAAGUCCAAGUCCAAGGGUAAUGGGCGCGAUCGGUUCCCCACGCUCAUCAAGACGAGCAAGAGCGGUCUCAACAUCGACUACCGCAAGGUGAAGCGCAUCGUCUACUCGAAUGCGGGCGCCACGUUCGGCAACGAUGCCGGGCGAAGCGAUUUUAAGGAUAAAGGCAAGAACAAGAAGGGUAAAGGCGGUCGUGGUGGAGGCGGAGGCAUGUACGGUGUCGGAGGAGGAACGGUACCCAAGAACAGAGAGGGAGAAGAAGUCGGAUUCGGGGCGGACAAGAUCGGAGCGGAUAACAUUGGUCACAAACUCCUCGCAGCGAUGGGAUGGACCGAGGGAACCGGCAUUGGAAGCUCGCAAGGCAUGGCCAACCCUGUCUCGGCUACGGUCAAGACGUCCCGUGGCGGUCUCGGAUUCUGA